AUGGCUCUUACAUCAGCCGUAAUGAAAAUAAAUAUGGCAGGAUUGAAACAUAAUCUUCGUCACUUCCUCGAGCACUUGAAACCGAAUACAAAGCUCAUGAUAAUGGUCAAAGCUUUUGCAUAUGGUACUGGUAUCGUACCGAUUGCUCAAUGGGCAAAGGAUACAGGCUUUGUCGACUAUUUGGGUGUGGCUUAUGCCAGUGAAGGUGUAGAACUACGUCGCGCUGCUCAUAUAUCUUUACCUAUCAUGGUCAUGGUUGUUAAUGAGUCUGAAUUUGGCAUAUGUCGUCAGUUUAAUCUUGAACCUGUUAUAUACUCAAUGUAUAUAUUUGAUAAGUUUCUUGAAUUUCUCAAGCAAAUAGAAGAUCAAGAAGGUAUAAUUCAAUUUCCAGAUGUUCAUAUAAAAUUAGAUACGGGUUUACAUCGUCUUGGCAUCAGUCUCAAUCAACUUCCCAGCAUGAUUAAUAAGCUUAUUGCUAAUUCUCAUCGUAUUCAUGUCAAAUCGCUUUAUAGUCAUUUCAUUGGAAGUUACUGUCCUGAGUUGGAUGUUAUUACACAGAACCAAGCUGAUUUAUUUAUUUCGAAUGCACAGGCCAUCGAAAAAGCACUAGGCUAUAGUGUAAUCAAACAUUUAUGUAAUUCAUGUGGAAUAAUUCGUCACCCGAACCUUCAUUUGGACAUGGUUCGACUGGGGGCCGGUCUAUACGGUAUUUGGCCUACAGAGCCAAAAAUUAAAUUUCAAAAGGUUGUCGCUUCGCUCUUUGUUCCCAUCGUUCGCCUUGAAUCAGUCUGUGAAAACGAGACUGUUGGUUAUAUUCAGCAGCGAUUAAACCGUUCGUCCCUAAUCGGCGUUAUAAGUAUUGGGUAUGCAGAUGGCCUUCGACGUCGUCUGAACCAUGGCGAAGGCCGAGCAUGGAUAUGUGGCCAUCGGGUACCUAUACUUAGCAUUUCUAUGGAUAUGACAAUGAUCGAUUUAACUGACGUUGAUGGACAAGUUAAAGUCAAUGAUCAAGUCGAGAUUUUUGGUGAGCAUAUACCUAUUGAAGAAAUGGCUCAAUGGUGCGGAAUAGUGUCCCAUGAACUUCUUGUCGGAUUAGGUCAACGAAUCCGGCGGAUUUAUGUGACAGAAAAUGAUGAAAACUAA